AUGAGUAAGGCCAACGCUAGCCGUCUAACAGAUAUUAUAAUCCAGAGAAUAUCAGCUUACAUUGCUGAUUGCUUAUCGGACGUGCUAGACUGGAAGGACUAUCUGUCAAUUCUGCUGUUUGCCACAGAUGAUGAGAGGUCGGGCAACCAAAAGUCAGUGCAUUACCAGGACUUGGCUCAGAAAUAUUCGAUUGGCGUCAACGACUGA